AUGAUGUGUGCGUUAGCCCGAUCAUCAUGCUCGCGUCUGCUCUCAAUCAUCUCGAGGAACAACAAUCGUAGAUUUUCCUCGGCCGUUACCUCAGGACCACCGAAAGAAGCAAUCAUAUCCUCCUCUAUUCUCGGUGAUCAGCCUCCGCCACCUCCAACGGGUCCGCCGCCUCCGCCGCCGGCGUCCGGGAUAGAUAAAAAUUCGUGGAGCGUUCUUAAGUAUGGUCUCACCGCUGCCAUCACGGGUGGUGCUGCUACCGCAGGCUAUGCUACCUACGCAUACUCAUUGGAUGAAGUUGAUGAAAAGACUAAGGCCAUUCGUGCAUCUGCAAAUUUCAAUGUUGGGGAUGAUGGAUCUUCUUUUGAUGUGCGUCGGACUACACCCUUGUUCUUUGCUUUUUCCUAUUUAUUUGUUCUCACAAUGCCUGCUAAAUUAGUAGAAGCAUACCUUGAUUUAAGGAGGUUAGCUGAAGAACAUGUUCGGGGUUUUACUGAACCAACAUCGGAUAAGCUCCUUCCAGAUUUGCACCCAAUGGAGCAGCAUGUUUUUACAAUCGUUCUUGAUCUAAAUGAAACAUUGAUAUAUUCUGAUUGGAAGCGUGACAGAGGGUGGAGAACAUUCAAGAGACCCGGUGUAGAUGCUUUCCUCGAGCAUUUAGCUCAAUUUUAUGAAAUUGUAGUAUACUCUGACCAACUAAAUAUGUAUGUUGAUCCUGUUGCUGAAAGAUUGGAUCCAAAGCAUUGUAUCCGUUAUAGGCUCUCAAGGGGGGCAACAAGAUAUAUAGAUGGCAAGCACUACAGGGAUCUGUCAAUGCUGAACAGGGAUCCUGCAAAGGUUCUAUACAUUAGUGGCAAUGCUCUAGAAAGUAGUCUUCAGCGAGAAAAUUGUGUUCCAAUAAAAGCAUGGCAAGGAGAAGCAGAUGACACUGCACUUCUAGAUCUUAUUCCAUUCCUUGAAUAUGUUGCCAAACACCGACCAUCUGAUAUCAGAACUGUUCUAGCUUCUUAUCAAGGGCGUGAUAUUGCCAAAGAGUUCAUUGAGAGGUCAAAAGAGCACCAGAGGAGAAUGCAAGAGCAAAAGCAACAGGGCCGCCUCUGGAGACGUUAG